GCAUAAUUUUAUUGAAAAUUAUUGGAAAAAAAAGAAGUUCCGUUUUAAUAUGUAGGCACAUCACACAACCAAAGAGUUUGAAUUUCAGAGUAUAUGGAAGUACAAGAGUUGUAACCUUAUAUUCUAAACGACGGUAUGAAUGAUGCUAUACACAAAAUUCUGGAGUUUACUAUUGGGAACAUAUUUGGUAAAGAUAUAACUUGCAGAGAACCCGUCCAUCGUUGCGACGAAUAUCAACCGGGUUCUUUGGUGGAAUUGGGUAGAACCGGUAUUAAAUUUUUCAAGAAAAUUUUGAUGCCGUGCGGAUUAUGCGCGAUACCUGUAGUAAAACCAACAAAUCUGUCGGAAGACAAAAUGUCAUCCUAUAGUAACGAGCCAGGAGUCAAGAAAUUAAUUCGACCAUCCGAACUACCUAUUUAUUCCUUUGAAGAUGAUUAUUCUAAACAGAUCCCAUGUACAGAAUGUCCACCUUCGGCUUUGGAGCAGAACAUAUCUAAAAUUCGCAAGUCAGUUCAAGCGGUUGUAUCUGAAUAUCAACAUUAUACUGGUGUUAUCUCAGAUACUAUCGACAUCGGUUUUGAACACAGCAGUUCCCUUUUAGAUUAUCUACGUGAGGAAAGUAACAUUAUGCCACGAAUGGGAGCUAUCGCUAUUGGUGGAAUAGCUGGAUUAGUGCUUGGACUUAGAGGACGUAAAUUCAAGCGAAUAAUGUAUUCUAGCGCGGGUGCACUCUCUAUGGCAGCUAUCUGUUAUCCUAAGAAGGCGAAAGAAGGAUUCGACAUGACUAAACAUUACGUGAAUGUUGGCUACAAUUUUAUUUAUGGUGUCAAACCAGGUGACAAUCGACAGCUGCAAAUCACAAUACCAGAAAUGCCGAAAAUGCCAACAUCUUUUUCGGAAUUUGUAGAUUCAACGAUUGUCACAGGUUCAGCAAUGCAUCUUUAAGCAGGAACAAGGAGCGAAAUUUUUUUCACCAGGGAUUUAUAUUUAAAGCAAUGCUUUUAACAUAUUGUACAAAAAUGUGUUUCACGUAGAGUGGAUAUGGUAACUAUGAACUCCGAAAAAUCGGCUUGCCGCCGAAAACCAAUAGAGAAAAGUAGCAGCAGCAGUAGCAGCAAGAAGGCGACCGAGCAUGUCGAUGAAGUAGAUAAAAAGAAUGAGGACGAUCAUACAAAUGAUUCCCCAGAUUUAUCCCCCAAUACUCCUACGUACAACGUCACUGCCUCUUGCGCCGAAGACACCCCUAAUUACCUCGUCUACAAAAAGAUGGAAUCGAUCGUGGAAAAGAUGUUGGACGAAUUUACCGGUGUGCCCGUGAAAACAGUCAAAACUUUCAUGACGAAGACGCCGUCUGUUUUCACAGGCACAGAUCUUAUAGCAUGGAUGAUGAAGAGCAUGGAUAUAGAUGAUCAAGAGGCUCUUCACGUGGCUCAUCUUAUGGCAUCCCAUGGAUAUUUUUUUCCUAUCGACGACCACUGCCUUACCGUAAAGAGCGACAACACAUUCUACAGGUUUCAAACACCGUAUUUUUGGCCAUCGAAUUGUUGGGAACCCGAAAAUACUGAUUAUGCUGUCUAUUUAUGCAAAAGGACGAUGCAGAAUAAAACGCGAUUGGAAUUGGCGGAUUACGAGGCGGAAAAUCUGGCUAGAUUACAAAAGAUGUUUUCGCGAAAAUGGGAAUUUAUUUUUAUGCAGGCAGAAGCGCAAAGCAAAGUUGACAAGAAAAGAGACAAAUUAGAAAGGAAAGUCCUGGAUAGCCAAGAGAGAGCCUUCUGGGAUGUACAUCGACCAAUGCCUGGAUGCGUAAAUACUACGGAGAUGGACAUUAAGAAGGCUUGUCGCAGUUAUAAAACUGUUAUACAACCAAGUAAGCAUUUGCAACUGGGCGUCGCAGGUGGUAGAAUAUCUCCGUCUGCAGAAUUGAGUGCGACCUCAUCGAUAGAAUUUUUGCAGAAGGAGAUCGAGACUCUGAAAGACAGAUUGGAUAAGCCCGUCAUCAAGGUCUCGAAAGUAGCAGAAGCUUUGAUCGGGUACUUUGAACAAUACAUGGAAUACGAUCCCUUUAUCACCCAACCGGAGCUCACAAAUCCAUGGAUUUCCGAUAGUCCGGAAAUGUGGGAGCAGGAGAAAUUAGCGAAAGAAAUAUCCACGAGAAGAGUAAAGAGGUGGGCAUUCAGUCUUCAAGAACUCCUACAAGAUCCCGUUGGUAGAGAACAAUUUAUACGCUUUUUAGAUAAAGAAUUUAGCGGCGAAAAUCUCAAAUUUUGGGAAACCGUUCAGGAAUUGAAAACUUUACCGCAAAAAGACGUCCAGACGAAAGUCGAAGAGAUAUGGCGUGAAUUUUUGGACACAGAUGCAAGUUGUCCCAUCAAUGUCGAUUCUCGAUCCUACGAGAUUACCAAAAAAAGUCUUGAAAAACCGGACCGAUGGUGUUUCGACGUUGCUGCGGCGCAUGUAUAUCAUUUAAUGAAAAGUGAUAGUUACUCGAGAUAUUUACGCUCGGAAAUGUAUAAGGAUUUUCUUAAUGGAUCUAAGAAAAAGACUUCUGUAAAAGGCAUUCGCUCUAUCGUUUCCUUCACAGGACGAAGAGACACAACAACUUCGUAACCUGCCACUUUUUAGCACUUGUUAUAAUCUUACAUCUCUUCUUGCCAUUCCGCUUUUUUUUUGUUUCUGUCAAAAAUUGCAUAAAGCUGUCAACAAAAGUAAUCAAUUUCAGUUUUAAAAAUAAUUUUUUCUAUUUAAUUUUAUCGUACAAUACCA